AUGCGUUAUUUAGCACGCGAAAGAGGUGAUAGCAUCGAAGGGAUUGAAGAAGCCCGUUCUAGAGUUGUUGACCUACUGAAGAGUAAGUGGUCAACAUGGAAAUGGAUCGAUCACAUUCCAAAGGCAGUCACAGCUUUUUCUUUGGCCGAAGGACCUCAUUUCGGAGAUCUUGAAGACUAUCUUAUGUUGAAGCAAAGGGAUAUUCAAAUAUUACUAUCAUUAGUGCGUGACGUCCAUUUGAAUGACCAGCUUAGCACAUUCAUUAAUUCCUUGCUUUCUACUUGUCACGAUCCUCGUGAUUUUUAUGGAUACAAUUUGGUAAAACUUCUGAAAGAACAAGUGAUGUCUGAAAACUUUACCCAUCCCACAUCUUAUUUGGCUCUCUGUAACGCCAACGAAACAUGGCCAGAUAGAGUUUAUCAAGAUCUCGCCAACACUUACAAUAGCAGCAUCGACAUACCGUUUAGAAGAGAACACCAGGCAUUCGCAGUGAUGGCUCUUUCUUGCGAAAUUCGCCGAAGGGGAAAUCAUUCCGUUGCAGAAUUUAAAAAAUUCUUAGAUUUUUAUGAAACUAAUAUUCGAGAGUUUAAAGCCCUGCAAAAACCGAGUGGUAGCUUCGGAAACGUGCACAGAACUGCUCUCAUUACUCAGGCGUUGAUUGCUAGUGGUCAUGAACAGGAGACUGAUUGGAAUUAUAGUAAAGCUAUGGAAACUUUAAUGCAAUCAAUAAAUACGUCUACAACUGACAUAAUUUCUAUAUAUUUAAUUCUACCUUUGCUGAAUGGAAAGAGUUUGACAAACAUUGCUUUCACAAAUUGCUCAUCACUAAGGAAUCAUGAUGAUCUGGUGGCUGAAAUUCAUGACGAUUACUUAGGACCGAAAAUUAAAAUUCAGUAUUCGCUGUUUGUAGGAGAUCCUAAAGAUGCCAUCUACACCAUAGUACUCAAAGUGCCAAAACACUAUGGGGCUUUCGAUGUGAUGCAGCUUAUUUCAAGGAAAUACCCCAAAUAUGAGUAA